AUGAGCUCCUUCUUGUCAGCGCCGCGGGACGCGGACGUCGUCCGGCAGGGCAGGAAGAAGGCGGACGAGCCGGCGGAGCGCGCCCCGGCGCUCGACCUGCUCGACGACUACUGGUUCUUCAGCAACUCCCUCGGCGGCAGCGGCGGCGGCAGGGACGACGCCGCCAAGGGGAGGACCAGGCCACCGCUGCUGCCCAAGUCGCCGUCCACGUCGUCUGGGCGGACGGCCAAGGCGCAAGGAUCACGGAGGCUGCUCCGGACGCCGUCGCUCCCGGCGCCUCGCAUCGGGAUGGACCCCUCGUCGCCCAAGGACAACGAGCUGAUAGUGGAGGAGGACGCUGGCUGUGGCGGCGAUCAGCAGGAGGCCGAGGUGGAGGACGACGACAUGAACUGGAGCAAGAUUUACGAGGGCGUCCUGCGCACCAGGAUCGCCGAGGAAGGCCGCGGGUCGUCGGCGCUCAACCGGGCGCCAUCCAUGCCGGUCACGUCGUCCGCAACCAUUGGUGACGGCCACGGCCGCCGACCCGCCGGGGUCGCCGAGUCAACGCCGAGCAUGCCCAGGCUCAGGCACUCGCACAGCACGCUCGAGAGGCACUACCGCUCGCACACGCCCACCAAGCCUGACCGGACGCCGAGGAUGAUAGGCGGUGGCAGCAGAGCGGAGCGUGGCCCGCCGCGGCGCGACCUCCGAUCGUUAAGCGCGAACCAGCAGCCGGCCCUCGUCCGGGACAAGAGCAGCCUACAGGACAAGAUGUGGAAGAGCUCGAGCGCGCUGGAGUCGAUCGAGGUCCAGGGGUUCAAGGACCUGGGCUUCGUGUUCGACCAGGAGGAGCUGAGGGAGAGCCUGGCGGACGUCCUCCCGGGCCUCCGCGACGACAAGGCCAACAAGCCCCACAAGAGCUCCGGCUCCGUCUCCGGGUCCAGCAGCACCAGCGACAACGACGACUCGACCGUCAACAACGCCAACGGCAUCGGCAUCGGCGCCAGCAACAGCAACGCCGCGGGCAAUGACGACGGCGACGGGGUCGUGCGGCGGCCGUACCUGUCGGAGGCGUGGCAGCACGGGGCGCGGUCGGCGCCCCCGACGGCGGCGGCGGCGAUAAGGCUGCAGCAGGCGGACGCGAGGUCCGCGGCGGAGAUGAAGGACCAGAUUCGCAUGUGGGCGCAGGCCGUCGCGUGCAACGUCCGACAAGAGUGUUAA